GUGGCUGGCACUUCAUGCGUCUGAAAGUACGGGUUAGAACUGACGCAUUAUUUUUUUCAUCACCUGGGAGCUGACAAAAGUUGACAACUUUCAAAAUGCAGUCGGAAUCGGGAAUCGUGCCCGACUUUGAGGUCGGUGAGGAAUUUCACGAAGAGCCUAAAACAUAUUACGAGCUGAAGAGUCAGCCGCUGAAAAACAGUAAUCCAUCUGAACAGCAGCAUGGCUCAGCUAAGCCCCCACUGGGCUCGUCGGCCGUGACCUCUCGUAUCCUGCUCCGGCAGCAGCUGAUGCGUGAGCAGCUCCAAGAGCAGGAGUGGCGUGAGCAGCAGAGACAGCAGAGGGCAACGCACGGCCAGCCCUCUGUCACCCAGAGCCCCGCCAUCAAUGUCAGUUCACCCACCGGCCUGCCCAGUGCCACACAGGUGCCCAUGGAAGUGCUGAAGGUUCAAACUCAUCUUGAAAACCCCACUAAGUAUCAUAUCCAGCAGGCUCAGCGGCAGCAGGUGAAGGCAUAUCUCUCCACCACUCUAGGAGAUAAUCUUGGAUCGCAGGCAGUGAGCUUGCCGUGCCCCAGCCAGGCCACUGAUCACAGGGGAAUGCCUCCGGGGCUGGGCAACAGUGCCCCCAACAGUCCCAUGGCUUUACUGACCAUUAACUCCAACUGCGAGAAAGAGAUGGAUGAUGUCAUUGAUGACAUCAUUAGUUUGGAAUCAAGUUACAGUGAGGAUCUCAUUAGAUUCCCCUUAGACCCUGGGCUUCAGAUGGCAAACACGAUUCCUGUGUCAGCUAAUCUGUUGGACAUGUACAGUAACCCAGGCAUACCUCCUCCUGGAAUCUCAAUCAGUAACUGCCCUGCUAAUCUGCCCAACAUUAAAAGGGAAUUCUCUGUUACUCCAUCUCCAGCCAUGAUGCACAUGAUGGACAAGCCCAGCUCCUGUGGCAAGUUUGAAAACUAUCAAAGGCCUGAAGGGUUUCCUGUGGAGGCAGAGGUACGCGCUUUCGCAAAGGAAAGGCAAAAAAAGGAUAACCACAACUUAAUCGAGAGGAGGCGAAGAUUCAACAUCAAUGAUCGAAUUAAAGAACUGGGGACUAUGAUUCCAAAAUCGAAUGACCCGGACAUGCGCUGGAACAAGGGCACUAUUCUGAAGGCCUCUGUGGACUACAUCAAGAAACUUCAGAGAGAGCAACAACGUGCCAAAGAGCUGGAGAACCGACAGAAGAAGUUGGAACAUGCCAACCGCCACCUGGCGCUCAGGAUACAGGAGCUGGAAAUGCAGGCUCGUGCACAUGGACUGGCCAUCACCUCCUCUACACUCUGCCCAUCAGAGCUGGCAGCCCGGGCCAUAAAACAGGAACCAGCUCUGGGGAACUGCACCCAGGAUAUGUACCCCCAUGCGCACUCCUCCUGCCAGGACAUGGGCCGCUCUAGCACCCUCGACCUUAACAACGGCACAAUCACCUUUAAUGACGCUCACGGCCUGGGCUCUACCACUUCUGCUGAUGCAGGGGCCUACAGUUUGGUCCCAAUGUCACAUGACACCAAACUUGACGACAUCCUAAUGGACGACUCAUUGUCCCCUGUAGCAACAAACGACCCACUGCUUACCUCUGUUUCACCUGGAGCCUCGAAUGAAAGUAGCCGUAUGAACAGCAUGAGCAUGGAAGAAAAUGAGCAUGUUUGUUAGCCCUCAUUUGACUGGUUAUUGGUUGCAGUUUUCCAACAAUACAAUUGACUGCCGAAGAGGAAGCACAGCUUGCUUUGCCAAGUGAAAAGUAAUAGAAUUUUUCUGUUUACACUCAUUUUAUUGUACUCUAAUCCAGUUUGCCUUCUUGAAAUUUUUGUCAUAUUACAAUAAUUCAGCUGUCCAUAAUAUCAAAAUAAUCAAGGUCAGUAUCAGAAAAAAUAAUGAUUUGUGUAACUUUGCAUAGGUGUAGUUAGAAUGUAAUUGAAUCAACUUUGGGAUAAUGUAAAAAUGCACCAGAAUGGUGAUUUUUUUUUCUGGUUUUACAGUAGUGCACAUUUUUGAAGAAUAUAUCUUUAUAUCCCUUGUAAAGAAAUGAUUUAAGCAUAAUACUUGCCAUUUAACUUGUUUAUGUAGAUAUUAAACAACAUUUUUGGUGUUUUUCUCCAGGCCAGCGUCCUGGUAAGCACACAUACUUUGACAAGACAUGCGACAAUAGAUUUAAAAAAGUAACGUUUUAGUGAUAAAUGGAGGAUGAGCAAGCAUACUAAAAUAGACAUCGUCCAGAUAAAAAUGCAAACAUUGAAUAGCCUUGAAACAGCUGUAUCUAAAAUUAUUUCAUCCUAUUAAUUUGUGCCACUAUUCUCUCAGGAGGAAAUUCACUGAAAAUGAACCGUGCUUGCUGAUAGCAUUGUUUAUUUGCACCUGCUGUCUACGUUGUUUCAGCACUUCAGUAAUUCGCUAAAGCAAUUGUUAAUCAUGAACGUGCGCUCAAUUGCACCGCACAUCUGAAUGCAUGUUGGAAAUAAGGCUCUUCUUUGUCAUUUGAUCAUCAUUUUAUCAAUUACUGCUGCCAUAUUCAAUAGAAAAUAUUCACAAUUGUCUCUUUUAAACAAAAUUCAGUUUCCGCACCAGGCAAAUAGCCUUGACUUGCAGUAUGAAAAAGAUGCAUACUAUAAUAAUCCUACUUUACAUGAAAAGGAUGUGUUUUUACUGAAAAUUAUUUAAUUUAAAUACAAUAUACAUGACGCAGAUGGCUAGUGUGUGGUUAAAAUGGAUUGCGAGAGGAAUCUGAAUAAGGUACAAGGUUUUUUGGUCACACUUAAGUCUUUUUAGGUCCUUAAGAAUUGAAUUUGUUCUAUUGAGAGUAUUGGAUGGGAAUCAGGUCAUUUCAUGUCAGCGGAAUAAUCUUUAGACCCAUAGGCUGCAUGUUUUGCACCUUUGGAAGGACAGUAUUCACAACGUAUUUGCAAUAUCUCCAUCAAAUGUGUCAGGAUCUGUAAACAAUAUCCAAAUGUAAACCAACAGAGAAUACUCUGCAAUACUUGGACAUAAUGACAAGAAUUUGGGGUGAUAAUAGUUCCUGAAAACAUACAUAGGCAUUGUUUUUAAUGGUCUGUUUUAUGGUUAGUGGCCAUAUUUGUCAUUUAAAAUAUAAAAAAAAUGGCCCACUCAAAAUGUCAUGUUAAUACACAUGAUUUGUUGUAGUUAUAUGUAGUGCCUAUAUAGUUAUACUCUACUUGUUGUCUAAAAUUAUGAUUUUGAAGGUCCCAGAAGAUGUAUUUUGACACAAUGCAUCUCAAAAUGCAGCGCAUAGUAUGAAAGAAUCCAUAUGAAUGUGAACUUAUUUAUUUCUGGAUGCUUUCACUAAAGCAAUAAUCAUUUAGUUUUUCAGACUUCAUAUUUCAAGUCAUACCCCUAAAAACACAUAUUUAUCCUCCCUGGAAUAUGGGAUUUUUAAAAACAUUUUGUACUGGUCAAAAACACUGGAUCAAUGCUUGUACCUUGAAAACCAAACUAAACAAAAAAGUAUUUAAAACAUUUAAAAGAAAAAUAAUAUAUGUAUUCUAACACUUGUUUGGGUUUUCCGAAUGUUUACAUGGUGUAAAACGACUGACUGUAUAUGUAAUAAUAAGCUGUUCUGUUACUAUAUAUUUUUUAAAUGUUUCAAAAUGCUCAGCUGUAGCAAAGGUACUCUGAUGAAUGCAUCCAAUUUGUUCAACUAUAAUGACCAUGCAAUUACUGUAUUAUGUGUUUCAUAGAACUAUAAUAUUUAGUUCAGAAAUCAACCUGUGCUUCACUGAAAGAUGUUGUAAGAUUUUAGUAUAGUUAAAGCCGAUUCAGACCACAGUUAAGUGCCUUAAGGCCAAAGUAUAUUUCAGUGGUCUUUAUUGUUGAUCACUCGUUUUCAGCCCAGGUAUAUUUUGUCACAGAAAAACAAAGUAUACCUGGGCCUUCACAUUACAAACCUGUUACUUAAAGGAAUAGUUCACCCAAAAUGAAAAAUAUAUCAUCAUUUACUCACCUGCAUUUUGUUAAUGCAAAAACGUUAAGCCGAAUGUUCACACUGCUCCAAAAAGUGAAUAGGGGCUGGCGCAGUAGAGUUCCAAAAAUGACAAAAGAAAGAACCAUAAAAGUAUGACAGAAAUAGUCCAAGACUUGUGAGCAAUACUCCCAAGUCAUCUGAAUGCAUACGAUAGCUUUGUGAAAUAAUUAGAACCAAUUUGUGACAACAAUCACUGCAUCAAUAAUUACUUUUAUUCACUUUCUCCCAAAUCUCAGGUCAAACUACAGAUUAGUUUAUAAACACUUUUCGCCCUUUUCCUCUCACAAUGCUAUCUUCUGAAAUCUAAACACUUUUACUAUAGCGCAUGACUUCUUUAGAGUUUAAUUUUAACGUUUGCGUUACAUAACCAACCACAUGCACAAGGUUGUUCAGGUGCGAUCAAAUUGUGCAGAAGCUCAGAUGAUAGAGCAUUGCACAUGCGAUGCAAAGGACCAAUGUACAAGUCAUAAAGGGACAUGUUUCAUUAGCAAUUGCGAUUUUCAUCUCACAUUUUCCAUUUAUGACACUAUCUGUUAGGUUUAAGGUUUAGGGUAGAGAGGUCGGUUUUGUUGAUUUAAAACUCAAGUAUUAACUUAAAAAGCCUCAUCUGGUUAGAAGAGCAUUUCACUCGCUUUUAGCACAUCACAGUGGACAUUUCACCUUGAAACUGCCACAGUAGUUUUUCAAAAAUGUUGUCACAGUCAAUUUUCAUGAGAUACGGAUGCAUUUUCCAUAUUUCUACAAAACUUGGCUUGACACAUUUUUGUACAUAAAUUCUAAAAUCAUACAGCUUUGGAGUGAAAUUAGGGGAGUAAAUAAUGGCAACAUUUUCAUUUUUGGGAUGAACUACUGUCUUGAAAAUAAACGUAUUCACUUGUAUUUAAAUUUCACUUGUGGUUACUUGUGGUUAAAUUUUGUCUUAAACUGUGGUAUCAAAUUGGUGUAAAAUUUCUUUCCUCAAGUGAAGUAGUGGGGAAUGAUCUCUUUGUUGUACCACAAAAACCUUUUUAAUACUGAAGCCUGGGGUUUGACUCAAGACUUUAUCUGACUUAAGAUGUAUUCUCACUUAAACAUGAGUUGUCUUGAAGCAUUUCAGGACUUUCAGGAGUAGUGUAUUUACAUUAACUCUGCCUACUAGAAAGAAACUACUGAAAGUUCACUUCAGUGUCCUUUGAAUAUAAUGUUAUACAGUGUUGACUGCUAAAACAUUGCCAAAUUCCAAGUAGAAUCUAUGCAGUAAAACUGUUAUGUAUGUUGUGAAUUUAUAGGAAAACUGGCUGUUGCAAUUGUAUUUUCUGAGCAAUAAUUCAGACAAUCAGGUAGCAGAUAAAGCACGAGGUCACUGAAUGUCUGCUGAAAGGUGCCUUUAAAACAGGCUUCCAUGAAACUUCAACUGUACAUCUUUUAAUAACAAAGUGUUUUUGUUUUGUUAAUGUAAUUUUGUAUUAUAUUUUUGAAGCUUAACCAAACAUUAUUUAAGGAAGGACUUAAAAUUGCUAUUAAUGGACUUUGUAUAAAUUCAAUACUGGAGGCCGACCCAACUUUUCACUUGUUGAAGUCACUUUUCACUGAAACCGUUAUUUUGAAAUUGAAACUUCCACUGGGAUGUUUUAUAAGGAAAGUAGCUGGUCACUAGUGUGACCAUUUCAGGCUUAACAAGUGUACUGGGAUUGAAAGUGUU